AUGGAAAGAAUGAACUAUUUGAGACAAUAUACAUCUGGUGAAGCAAAUGAAAUUGUGAAGGGAUAUAGCUAUCUUAACGCAAGCAGAGGUUAUGCAGCAGCGAUCAGAGAACUUGAUCAAAGAUAUGGAAACAAUGAGCUGAUAGCCACAGAGUAUAUUAAGAAGACAAGAAAUUGGCCUAAAAUAAAAGCAGACGAUAUCAAGGGUCUAGACAGGUAUUCUAUCUUCCUGACUGAAUGUGAAUAUGCUGUGACUAAUAUAGAGUCUAUGCAAAUACUGGAUUAUUCAGAAAACAUGAAGAUGUUAGUCUCAAAAUUGCCAUAUCAUAUGCAUGAUAAGUGGCGAAGAAUAGCAACAAAGUCAACUGUUGUUAGGUUCAGUCAGCUGGUCAAGUUUGUUAGAGAAGAAGCAGUGAGCAUGAAUCAUCCUGUAUAUGGAAGAAUAGCAAUGAAUGCAGGACAUCUACUGAGAUGA